AUGGCGUCACGCCCAGUGUAUAAACUGGGGGAGCUGGCCGGGGGCCAGGGACUGCCACUCGGGAACUGGCUGGGCAUCGGUCAGUGGGUGGUUCAACUAAUCCACUAUAACCACGAGCUGUACACAAAUGUCACAGAAGCUGCAAAGAGUCCUAAUGGGUUGGUGGUAGUUUCCAUAUUUAUGAAAGUAUCUGAAUCAUCAAAUCCAUUUCUAAAUCGUAUGCUUAACAGAGACACCAUAACGAGAAUAACGUAUAAAAAUGAUGCAUACUUACUACAGGGGCUUAAUAUUGAGGAACUUUAUCCAGAGACAUCUAGUUUCAUUACGUAUGAUGGGUCAAUGACAAUUCCACCCUGCUAUGAAACAGCAAGCUGGAUAAUAAUGAACAAACCUGUCUACAUAACAAGGAUGCAGAUGCAUUCUUUACGACUGCUAAGCCAGAAUCAGCCAUCACAGAUAUUUCUGAGCAUGAGCGACAAUUUCAGACCAGUCCAGCCUCUCAACAAUCGAUGUAUCCGAACUAAUAUCAACUUUAGUUUACAGGGAAAAGAUUGUCCAAACAAUAGAGCACAGAAACUACAGUAUAGAGUAAAUGAAUGGCUCCUCAAGUAAGAAAGACAGAGCAGGCAGAACCCAUAACCUCAGUGGAAUGCUACUACUGUGAAUUGACAUAAUCUAGAAUGCACCCAACCUCACUCUCUUUGGGUUCGUGACAGCACGUGCAAACGUGCUGUAGGAAAAGAGCUGCCAUGUUGGAAACUCAACUAAAAAUUCAUUCAUAUGAUUGGUGGUAAUUAAAAAAAAGUAAAAGACAGCAUUACAGUAAAUGUGAUUACAAUUUUGAUACAGUUUUCCUGAACUAAUUUAGCUUCACAAA